AUGGCUCGAUCUAGAAAUGUGGGACUAUCAAGACCAAGAACACGGUCUAAUCUUAAAGAUGUCUCUCUAGCGACCAACAUAACAGGUGAUUCGAAAUCAGGAAAUGGUAAUGGUAAUAAAAAUAUAAUAAUGACUCCAACUAAACCUUUGAAAAGACCGUCAAAUGAUACAAAUUCUAUACAGAUUAGUUCAUCACCAAUCAAAAGAAUAAGGCUAUCACCAUCUCAUGCCAAUCAAUUCUCUUCACCAUUAAGAGCAAAGAAGUCAGUCGCAUUCUCAGAUGAUUUGAUUUCUGAUUUACCAAGUUCUCCGGAUAAACAGACCCCAAGAAAAUCAAUUUUAAAGACUUGCAAUCAAGAUAAAGAUUUAAAACAAAAUGAUCCAAAUAAUAUACACCUGUGGGAAAGAUCAAUUGACGGAGAAACUGAAGUUUACGGACCUUCUAAUGGUAAAUUCUGGAUUCAAGGUACGGUUGUUCAACUUCUGCCAAAUUCUCCUAAACUACAGGAUUUAAUAACUGGUUGUAUCAAGAAUUUAAAAGAUCGAGAUUUCACGAAAAGAUUUGAAGUAUAUGCUACAUUGAACAAUAUCUUCAAGACUAAUACAGUUGAUCAAUUGAAGAAACUAUUUAUUAAUGCAAACGUAUCCGAUGAAACUCAUUACAUUAUAGAAUUAAGUGCUAUAAUCAAAAAUGAUAUAACUAACAUUGAAUCAGAAUUAUUCCAAUCUGAGGUAGACAAGGAAAAUCUUAGAUCACCAUCAAAGAAUGACCCUUUCAGAAUAAGAGUACUAGUACAAGCUCUUAAAUUGAUCAAUAAUAUAUUGCUAGAACAAGAAUUGAAUAAUUUCAUGCCAAUUGAAGAUGCUAAAUGGUUCUACAUGCAUGCUAGUAGUAUGUUAUUAAAAUCAACUAUCUCAAAGGCAUUAAUUCUGCCAUAUUUAAUCAUCAUGAAAGAUUGUCGUUUCAGUAAUAAAAGAAAAAGAGCUAUACUAGAAUCAGAAAUACCAGAAACCAUGCUCAGGAGUUUAAUAAAUAUGAAAAGUUCUCCUAGUUCUUCUGUCAUCACUGAAAGAUUUCUUUGUUUCAGAAAUUUUGUGAUAUCGUUCCCAAACAUCAUGGCUAAAAAUAUUAACCAUUGGUUAGAUAUUCUAAUUAUGAACGUAUGCAGUCUUCCAAUGCCGUUCUUUAAUAAAUGCAUAGGUGUUGGUACUAAUUCCUUACUUGAAGUUGCAAAAGUGUUUCUUCUGAAUAUCUCUGUUCUGGAAGUACUUGAUCAGUUUCUUUCAUCCCAGAUAUCGACCAACACUAAAUCAUUAGUAUUUGACUCGUCAUUAGAAAUUGGUACUCCUUCAAAAGCAACCGGUAUAGAUUAUAUUCAAUCCAAACUUGAAAGUUUGAUAUAUGAUGGUCAUUAUAAAGUAGCUAUGGAUAUCUGGGUUGCCAUAACUAUAAUGUUAGGUGGUAAAAUCAACACAACGCCAUUUGAAAAAUGGAACAACUUAACUAGAUGGCUAAGAGUUCCUAAAGUCUGUUUUAACUCGGAAGAUACCUACGCAAUGGUUUUAUCUUUGAAUAGUUGGAGAGCUGUUAUAUAUAAUGUCUCAUUUAAAGAUUUUGAUAAUUUGAAGAAUGUUGUGGAACCAAUAUUGAGAUCCAACAUAUCUGUCGAAGAAAAGAAUCAAGCCAUCACCAAUUCACUCAAACCAAAAAUCAAACUAUUGACUCAUUUGUUCACAAGUUUGAAUGCAUAUGCUGCGCCUAAAGAAGUAAUCGAUGCUUUACAUAAUCUAUUCAUAUCCAUACUUUAUUCAUUCAUUAAUCCACUUAUUAUCAAACUUGCUACUCACAAAUAUUUACACAUUUAUUGGGAUAAAUUAAUACAACCAGUCAUGUUGAACUUCUAUUUCAAAAAGGGAGAAUCAACCCCAUAUAUGCAUGAAUUAGGAUUCAUGGUAUUGAGUCGUUUAAUCAAACCAUCAAUGCCAACUACCGAGAGUAACUUUAGCGAAGUUCGAUGUUUGUCGAAUGAACCUGUGAGUUUACUUGAAAUCAAUUCUGUACCACCAAGAUGGGUUCAUACUAAAUUUGAUAAAGUUUUGCAUAGUCUUGUCUUGAUAUUCCUGCUGAAACUCUUAAGUAUUGAGAAGAAGUCCAAUUUCUUUUAUUCGUUCUUAGGAAGUAUAAGACUUGUUACCAAAAAAGAAAUCAAAGAGUCGAAGCUUACUCUUGAUAUAAUUGAUAGCAUUCCUCUUGUGUUCACGCAAUUGUUAGGGGAAGAAAAGAACUUACCGUUCGAAUGGACACAUAAGACUUUAAUUCAAUUGCAUGACACUUUCCAACCUAAUACAUUGGCGGUUCAAAAGAAAGGAGCUAAAGGAAUUUAUGAUGAGGUUAUUUCAUUAGUGCCAAGCUUCACGGACAAUCAAAUAAGGACUAUAUUAAAUUUAAUCGUAUCUUCAUUAUCUGAUAAUAAGGAUUUACUGGUGGUGUUGGAUUUGUGUAAAUUCCAAGAAUCAAUUAAUAACAUCAAUAUCGAAGGGUUUUUACAAGAUUAUUUCAGUACCAAGGUGGUAACACUGAAACUUAAUGAAAUAGAGAUUUGUGGAAAAAUUUGUGAACAUUUGCCCUCUGGAUUUGAAGCUUUUAUCAAAAAGGUCGUUCAAGGGGUGGUUGCUUUAACAAAUUCAGACGAUAUGAAGAAAGCAUUAAACCACUUGAGUUUAUCCCGAUGGAAAAUUGAAAACUAUAAAUUUUUUCUUCGAUUGAUGCAAAAUGCUCCUAAUUGGUGCAUUCAAAAUUUUGUUCUUGAAUCUAUUAGAGACAAAUUUGAAGAUACUAAUAGAUUUGUGGAUUUAUUUAAGUUCUUAGUAGAGGAUAAAUUUCAUAGUCAGUUAACUUGUUUGCAUGAUGAUAUUAUUCAGAAGGGAACUAAAUUGGAAGGGUUCUUAUUAUUUAGUUACCGUGACGCUAUGUUAAAAUACUUGCUGGAUAUUCUGGUCAAUCCAACUCUGUUUGAGGAAUUGGAUACUAUCUUAGCUUCUACACAUACAGCUCUUCUGAUCAAUAUUGAAGUAUUUAUCAAAGAGAAGAUUGAGCAUCUUCCGCAAGUGAGAAAAUGCUUAGGUUUACCAGAAGAAGCUAACAAAGAUCCAGCUGAGCCACCUGCUGUAGAAACAGAUGAGACGUUAGUGGAUAAUAAAAAGGAUAAUCCAUCCAAUAACAAAUCGGCCUUAGAGCUAGUUAAUCUCACCCCAUUAGAUGAAUCUAGUGAAGAAACUGGUAAAUCGACUUCCUACGAUACGAAAGGCAAUAAAGCUAACAAGCCUUCAGAAGUUUCUGAGGAGAAACGUUCUAUCAAUCCGUUUGAUAUUCAUUCAUUUACAGCAAUGUUAAACUCGAAGCUCGUAGAACCACCAUCUAAGAAGAAAGGAAGAAGGAAGAGGAAAAAUGCUAAGAAAUCUAUUGCUACCGAGCUGGAAGCUUCUCAACCCACCAGUGAAAUACAAGUGGUUUCAUCACUUGAAAUUAAUGACGAAGUAUGUGAAUCUGAGAACGAUACCUUCUCUCAAAGUACAUUCAAUGAAUCCGAUAUUAUAGAAGAUGAUAGUAUUUCCAGUGGUAUGACCGAAAAGGAGGCCCCAUUGAGUAUGCAAGUUGAUUCAGAAUCUGAUAUAGUUCCAGAAGAAAUAGAGGCAGAAGAAGUACAAGUACAAGUCGAAUUGCAUCAGGAAAAUGAAACCAAUGACGAAGAAUUGAAAGAAAAUACAAUUUCUACGGAGACCGAUUAUCCAAGUGCUAAAGACUCGCAAUUGCAUACUUUCCAAUCUCAAAAUUUCAAAGCUCAUUCAACGGCUGUUGAAGAACAUGAAAUAGUAACUCCAGAAAACCCCGAAACCUCACAAGAGAGUGAUUCUGUAUCUUCAAAUAAUUCUUCCCUUUCAUUUAGAGAAAAUUUGCCUACCAGCACGCAAGUUGUCGCUACCAAUGAUAUACAAGAGUCUAUUGAACUUAUAGAAGCAAAUGAAAGCUUAGCUAGUGCAAUUGAAGAAGUCGCUGAGAUAAACAAAGUGGAAAUACCAUCUUACAGUAGCUCUGAACAAGAAGAGAGAACUUCUCCUCAAGUUAUUGAUAUAGUCGAGGAUGUGCAUGAAGAUACAAAUACUGAAGCACAAGAAGAAGUCCAAACUGAGGUACAUGAUGAUGUACCUGUAAUACCAAAAUCAAUUGAUUUAGAGAGUUCCUUGGAUUACUUAAUGAAUAUUGAGGAAUCCGAAAUGAAGAAUUUAAGCUCUAAAGCCAGAUUUGACAUGGAGACUAAACUUUUACAGUUUAUGUUAAGAUUACGAAAUAUAACAGCUGAUCCAGAAUCUUAA